ACAAGCUUAUAUAGCGGGUGGACAUGUAUACAGAAGACUUGAGCUCCGGAACAAUUGAGCGAACACACGGCUGACGCAGCAAAAGCGAGCAGAAUCCUUGUCCCUCGCCAGCGCAGCGCUGGGCAACUGGAGGCCGGCGAAGCCCGAGGGACCACGCUGUAUGCAUAUCUGAAAGCUCUCUUGAACCUGUUCACGAUUACGCGAAGAGGAUGGCGUCCUCAUUAUUUCGGCGAAAUGGCUCUGAACGCGCGAUAGCAAUUCGCCCGGCAACAUCACAAUGGAAUGAAUCCAAGGUCUCUGGAUUUACCAGAAUGGCGCGCACGUCCUCGUCUGGAGCACCAGACCUGGGCGACGACCACCCACACGAAGCCGUGUGCUCUCCGGUGGGCAGCUACGGUUCGCGGCCUUCCAUCGACUCCGCCUUUUCAGAGCUUUCUCUCUCCAGGUCGCUGGACCUGCAUGCCCACACGCUGGACCUGAGCCAGUGGCACGCGGCUCCCGCCGGCCCCCAGCUGCUCUCCCUCUCGCCCAGUGCUUCCAGCCUGGUGCGGGAGCCGCUGCCGGAGCACCACCACACACACCUGAAGAAAACGCUGAAAAAGCUUAAACCCGGCCAGCCGCUGCCAGGUCGCAAGGUUCGGCACCUGGGCAAGGGCGGUGUGGGCGAGGUGCACCUGGUGGAGCUGGACAUGCCGGACGGCGCCCAGCUGCAGGUGGCGCACAAGGCCAUCAUCUGCCGCAAGUACAACGCGCAGCGGCACGCGCGCGAGAUGGCGGCGAUGGAGAUGGCGGUGGGCUGCCCCUUCGUGCUGCGCUGCUACGGUGGCUCGCAGCCCGGCAAGGCGCCCUACUCGGUGUACACCGAGUUUGCGCCGCUGGGCUCGCUGCACGACCUCAUCCAGCACCGCCGGCGUGCGGGCGGCGGCCCCGGCGGCGGCCGUGCGCCCUACUUCUGUGAGGAGGAGGUGCGCUGGCUGGGCGCCCGAGUGCUUGUGGCGCUGGCGCACAUUCACGAGCAGGGCCUGGUGCACAGAGACGUGUCGCCGCACAACAUCUACCGCUCCGCCAGCGGCCACCCGCUGCUGGCGGACUUUGACGCCGCGGAGCUCUUGGAUGAGGACGGCGAGGUGGCGGUGACGGGCGGCGCCGGCUUGGUCGGGCGGCUGGCGGUGGCGGCGCCCGAGGUGCGCGCGGCGGCGUACGGCGGCGGCGGCGUGUACGGCGCCAAGUCCGACAUGUGGUCCCUUGGCAUGGUUCUCUUGGAGAUGGUGAGCGACCAGGAGGUGGCCGACGGCCCCAAGCUGGAGGGCUGCGGACCCGAGCUGCGGGCACUGCUGCUGGAGGGACUGCUCGUGCCGCAGAGCCGGCGGCUGGAUUCCGCGGCGGCGCAGCGCCACCCCUUCUUCGCCAGCAUUCGCUGGGACACGCUGGAGUUUGAGGAGGCGCCGCCUGGUCUCAAGGCUGAGGGCAUCUGAGCGGCUGAGCAAUGCGCGGCAGCGAGUAUCAGCGUCAUGCUAUACAGCUACCAGAAAUGUGUGUCGCGCUACUGUCCAGGAAGUACGCUGAUGGCUUGUAAUUGCAUGUGUAUUUUAGGACGGGAAGGAGAGCACGGCGGUGCGUUUUGCAAGUAUCCACGACCGCACGGGGUGGAUGGGCACGGUUUUGGAUACACAGUUUCGGCAAGGUUCGCCCGUUUGCCAGAAAUGCUUACAGAGGGUCCAUAUACUUUUUCAGUUUUCCUAACCGAAGCAUCUUGCCACGCAAAAGUGUUUGCGACGCGUAUGCAAAUCAGGUAUGGUAUGUACGGUGUUAGCGGCUACUUGGUGCCAGGUUGAUUGAGAUAGCACGUGUGCGUGUGUGGUUUGGUGCAGUCAUUGAAUGCGGUUCAGAGGGCCUAGCAGAGAGUUUGGCUGGGCAGAUCUUGGGGCAGAUUAGGACUUUCGUACAGCGCAGAUAGUGCAUAUGGUACGCAGAUACGUGCGCAGAUAUUCUCGAACUUCAUCCGUGCGCGAUGGUGGACAGUUAACCGGCCGGUGUGUACAUGAAUGCGAUGAAUCUAUAGGAUGUGGCAUGGCGUACAAUACGGUAGAAGUAGGUGUGUUUCAAGGCCGGCUCUGUAGCGCCUGGGGCAGGACGACACAGGCAGACGGUCUGAGCAUAACUGGUAGGAUGUUGGCAUGAAUGCGAGGCCGUGCAUGCCGGCGCCGAUCCAUGUUCGAUAUGGCCGGCACGUCGUUACAGUCCUCGUGCACAGUACAGGCUCUACACAAGCGCACGUAAACUGGACCCUGGGUCGGCGUA